AUGGACGACAACUGGAAAGAAAGACGCGUCGGGUACAAUUUAAACAUGGCUACAAACAGUAUUCAAGUGGCAAAUGUCAACUACGAGCAUCCCGUUGAUUUCUCUAUGGAAGAUACAUGCACAGUCGUCUUUCACGGAAAAACUCAUUUCUUCGGUGGAUUCCGGAAUCCGCGCCGAUUCGCGACCCUUCAAAACUGUCGAGUUGUUCCGAACUCUUACGGCCUCAGAUAUCCCCACAUUGAUGGAAUCUACGGCUCUUGCGCAGUGCACGCAAAUGCUGUCUUCAUGUGUUUUGGUAACGAAAGUGCUCCACUGGCAAAUCGAUGUCAAAUGUGGAGAGAAGGACAAGAAGGAAUGGACGAGCCAACAACAGCAAAUGAACACGAUUGGGCUGCGAUGGUUUCUUUCAACAAAAAAUUACUCGUCGUUGGCGGCUGUUCCAAGAACGGACCUGGCUGCAACGGCGCCGUGGAGACCUACCAGGCAGGAGACUACGAUGGCUGGACUAGUCUAACUGCUCAUCCAGCGACGGCGGGUAUCUUCGGACACGGAUUGACAACUGACGGAGAAUCGGUUUUCCUUUUUGGCGGCAUGACCAAGUCCCUCGGGGCCGACAGUUACAAUCAAUCCGUUUGGCGAUUCAGAAACAACACUUGGUCGGAAAUCGGAACACUCCAACAAGUAGCUAGCGGUGCAGUUGUGUCAACCGCCUUUCAAAUGGGUCGAUUCGCGUUUUCCGGCGAAAUUUACCUUGAAAAAUUCAACCUCGUCGGCGACAACGUCCAAUCAACAAGAAUCGACGCUCCUGACACUGAUGACAUGGAAAUGUACUACUCCUCAUUUCUGUAUACAGACGAACCUAUCUGCCUUUGA